ACAGCCCAUACCAAGUUUGAUAUCAUUGUACUGUACUGUAGGAAGGCCGAGGAGUGGGAAGGCUACUCGCCAUCGUUUCGAAAGGAGCGGAGCGGCGUGCCACUCGCGGUGGUUUGGCUGGUACGCCGUCGUCGAUAGAAUUUAUUUGUUGCGAAACGGGUUGCUGUCGCGGGGACUUUUAAAGCUGACCGGAAUCGUCAGUUUAAUAUAUAUAUUCCCCUAGCGGCGUUUGGCCAUGGCGGAUUAUCACACGGUGUACAAGGAGCCGGAGGGCACGACGACGGAGUGGGAGGACCUUCAGGUGAAAUACGGCAACCUUGAAGCGCGCGAGAAGCCCAAGACGGCGGCGUGGGAGCCGGCGGAGGAGAGGCGGCGCACGGAUGAGCUUGACACGCGGACCGCUGAUGAGCUGGACGACCUGGAGGAUGACGUGGAUGAUGACCGGUUCAUGGAGGAGUACAGGCGGCGGCGCGUGGCAGAGCUGAGGGCAGCGGCAGCGCGGCCGCGUUACGGAGGGGUGGAGCGAAUCACGGGGCCGGACUUUGUGAGGGAGGUGACAGAGGCGUCGCAGAGCGUGUGGGUGGUGGUGCACCUGUUCCGCGACAGCGUGCCUGCCUGCAGCAUCAUCGCCAGUUGCCUGGCUGAGCUGGCCCAGUCACACCCGCACACCAAGUUUGUGCGCAUAGUGAGCACCGAGUGCAUCCCCAACUACCCCGACGCGCACCUGCCUGCGCUGCUGGUGUACCACAAGGGCGCGGUCAAGGCCUCCCUAGUGGGCAUGCAGCAGUUCGGAGGGAAGAACUGCACGGCGCAAGAUGUGGCUUUUGCGUUGUGCAAGGUUGGGCCAGUUCUUGCGAGUGACGAUGAGGAUGAGGAAGCAGUGAUGCAGCGGGUACAGAAGGAUUACGUAAAAAACAUUGUGAAGAGGCAUGUGGAAGAGAAGGGGGAUGAUGGAGAUGAUGAAUAGGUUUGACAAUUACGACAAUUUUCCCGCAACUAGCCUUCCCAUGUGGCUCUACUUUUAUUUGCCACAAAUGGUUUUCUCCUAACGUAUACGCCUUCACUGUGCGCUUGCCAUAUUAAUUGUAUCUGGUCCAUGUCCUCUAUG